AUGUUUGCGCAACGGCCAGUAAACAUAAUUGAAAAUCUAUUCUUUUGUUUUAUCUGUAGUUUUAGUGAGCUAGUUAAUUUACUUUAUUGUCUAUCAGGUAUCAAAGCUGGUCUUAUGAGGACAUACGAUUCAAUGAGUCAAGACUUCUUGGAUUACAGCGACAGUCCAUUUUAUCUGCCAAUGAUAUAUGUCAUUUCCUUCUUGCAUACGGUGGUGCAAGAGAGACGAAAAUUUGGUCCGUUGGGCUGGAAUAUUCCAUACGAGUUCAAUUCGGCAGAUUGGUUAUCUUCAUGUAUGUUUGUGCAAAAUCACUUAGACGCUUUAGAACCAGGCCAAGGAAUCAGUUGGACAACUGUGAGAUACAUGGUGUCGGCGGUGCAAUAUGGCGGCAGAGUAACUGAUGAUUACGACACACGUCUGCUGGUCACUUUUACUAGGGUUUGGUUCUCAGACCAAUUGUUUAGCGAGGACUUCCAGUUUUAUAAAGGCUAUGGUAUAAUGAAAUUCAGGAAUAUUUCUGAAUAUCUUGACGAAAUUGAAAAAAUGAAAACAGUAGAUCCACCGCAGGCUUACGGAUUGCACACUAAUGCUGAUAUCACAUAUCAGCGCAAUAUAACUCAAGAUUUGUUAGACACGAUACUCUCUAUUCAACCCAAAGAGUCUAGUUCUGGCGGUGGUGAAACACGUGAAGCUUCUGUAUAUCGACAGUCAAAAGAAAUGUUGGAUAAAGUGCCACCUAACUUUGAUCCCCACGAAGUUAAAGAAAGGUUGAAGUUGUAUGGAAUGUAUAAUUCUAUGGUAAUUUUCUUGCGUCAAGAAAUUGAUAGAAUGCAGAAAGUCAUAUCAUUAGUGAGAACAACGCUAAAAGAUUUACUGCUUGCUAUUGAUGGUACUAUCAUUAUGAAUGAGGCACUACGAGACUCACUUGAUAAUAUUUACGAUGCAAAAGUACCGAAAAUUUGGCUGAAGAGCUCAUGGUCUUCAUCUACCCUCGGCUUCUGGUUUACAGAGUUCUUGGAGAGAAAUAUUCAGUUCUCGACAUGGUGCUUUCAGGCUCGACCGUUUUCUUUCUGGAUGACAGGUUUCUUCAAUCCACAGGGUUUCCUAACGGCAAUGCGUCAGGAAGUAACACGAGCACAUAAAGGCUGGGCGUUAGACAUGGUGUCUCUACAUAAUGACGUAACUAAACACUUAUAUGACGAAAUCAAAGCUCCUCCUCCGAUUUAAAGCAGGACGCAUAUUACGCUAAUUGCAGCGAGUUAUGUGAAAGCAAGUUUUAAAACACACGAUUUUAUCAUUUAAAUCUAAGAUGCUGCUUAAAACUAUCUAGGACAUUCCAGGACACAAAUCUCCUGGGAAAGUAAUCUUAAUUUCCCAGUCUACAACCGGACGGUUGGCAACUCUAUGCUACAUAGGUACAAAUUUUACUUGACGUUUUAGGAAGGUGUCUUUAUUCACGGAGUAUUCUUGGAUGGUGCCGGCUGGGAUCGGCGUAAUCUGCGCCUCUGUGAAUCGACUCUUAAAGUGCUGUAUACAGCACUACCUGUUAUUCACGUUUACGCUAUUAAUUCCACAGCGCCAAAAGACCCUAAACUUUAUCAGUGUCCGGUUUAUAAGAAGCCAGUACGGACUGGGUUAACGUUUAUCACUCCAUUAUGGCUGCCCACGAUUAAAAACCCAGACCAUUGGAUUUUACGAGGAGUGGCCAUCUUGUGCGAUAUCAAGUAA